CUGACAACAUGCGAUUCGAACUUAAUAUAUUUUUUCUUCUGUCGAUGUUCUCCAUCGGCCGGAUAUCCGACUCGUCCAGCACUUCGGCGCCAAAUCACCAUCCGCAGACGACGGACUCAGAUUUACCGGUGCUGGCAGGCAGUUUGGCGGCCACGAAGAGUUCGGAUUCGGCGGUCGGAAGGAUUUCGGAAGUUUUGGACUGUUUGGCGAAUCGGUUGGACGAUCGUGGCGAGACUUCGCGGUUUGGAUGUCACGACGUGUUUUCGUCCGUUUGGAUUUCAGCACGACGUGCGCUGCUCGGCGACGACAAUGAAAUUGAAGAGAGCAAAAAAUCAAAGAAAAAACCAUGGGACAUACAGACUUUAAUGCUCGGUGCAGGAGUGAAGCUGAUUUUGUUCCUGCCGGUUUUGGCAAUUCUGACGGGAAAAGCCAUUUCGUUGAGUCUGACGUCACUUUUGAUCACGUCUCUGGGUUUCCUCUACAGAAACCAACUGGACUCGUUUGCCAAACGCAGUAAUUCCUAGUGAUAUAUUUUUACAUAAAUAAAUUACUUCAUCCGGUAACGGGGUUGAACGUCUAUGUUGAGUACAACUUCUAUAACACUGCAUUAUAUUAUAUUGUUGUCAUAUUGUGGUAGUAUAAUACAAUAGUAAAGUUAGGCGAUUUGAAAAUGAAUGUGAUAAUUAUUGUAAUAUUAUUAUUAUUAUUAUCAAAAAUAUUUAAAAACCUUAUAUUGAGAAGUUUUAUAAAAUUAAAUAUUUGAUUUAAUUUUACUUCGGGUAACCGCACCAAUUUGGGGAUGGGUUCACCAACCACCGUAUAGUUAUAAAUAUGUGUUAACCUACUCCGAAAUUUUGUAUUAACGAUAUUUCUACUAUAGUCUACUAUACUAUAAUUUACCGUCUACUUUUUAUAUUCAUGAUAUACCAUGUAUCGCUUUUGUACCUAUAUAACAUGAAUUAUUGGGCAGAUAAUGUUGCGCAGAUAAUAUUUAAAUGCAAAGGAAGAAUAUUGUUACAACUAUAUUAGUUAAUAUAAUUCAUAUGGGUUAAAGUUAUAGGAGUUGUACCUACUGUAAUAUAAAUUAAAAUUACGUUUGGCUGUUAUGUAAUUACUUAUUUAUGGAAAUAAAAUAAAUUGUCGUACCAGCGAAUAGAUAGGUUAUAAUUACAUAAAUUAUUGAUAUUAAUAUUGUGUUAUAAUUACUUAUAUAAUU